CCCUAAUUAAUCUCCAAAUCUCUCUCUCUCUGCCUCUCUCUCUCUUCACCUCUCUCCACGACCUUUUCUCUCUCCCCAACCCAAUAUGCAACAACCUACGGCGGCGGCGGCGGCGGCGGCGGCGGGAGGAUCUGAGACGCAGCGGCCGCCGCAGUGGGGGACGAUGCAGUACCCGGCGGCGGCGACGAUGGUGAUGCCACACCAGAUGUUGCCGGCAGUGGCGGCGCCGCCGCAGCUUGCGCAGCAUUUCAUGCCCUUCCACCAGCCCCCGCCGCCGCCGCAGCCGCAGCAGCAGCAGCACUACCACCACCACCCGGCGGCGGCUGCGGCGGCGAACGGCGGCGGUGGGGACGAGAAUAAGACGAUCUGGGUCGGGGACCUCCUCUACUGGAUGGAAGAGAACUACCUCCACAAUUGCUUCGGCCACACCGGCGAGGUUGUAACAAUUAAAGUAAUUCGCAAUAAGCAAACUGGACAGUCGGAAGGAUAUGGUUUUGUAGAGUUUUAUACACGUGCAGCAGCUGAAAAAGUAUUGCAUAGCUUUGCUGGUCAUAUAAUGCCCAACACAGAUCAGCCCUUUAGGUUAAAUUGGGCAUCGUUCAGCAUGGGAGAGAGGCGUUCAGAUGUUUCUUCCGAUUACUCCAUAUUUGUAGGCGAUCUAGCUUCUGAUGUCAAUGAUGCAACACUGCAAGAAACUUUUUCCAGCAAAUAUUCUUCUGUAAAAGGCGCAAAAGUUGUUAUUGAUGCGACAACUGGCCGUUCAAAGGGUUAUGGAUUCGUGAGGUUUGGAAAUGACGAGGAGAAGACACGUGCCAUGUCUGAAAUGAACGGAGUGUAUUGCUCCAGUCGGCCAAUGCGUAUUGGCCCUGCAACUCCCAGAAAGUCUUCAGGUGGGUCUGGAUCCAAUGGUGCAUCAGCACAGUCAGAUGGCGAUUCAACAAACACAACAGUAUUUGUUGGAGGUCUCGACCCAUAUGUCAGUGAAGAUGAUCUUAGGCAGGCCUUUUCUCAAUAUGGUGACAUUGCUUCUGUCAAAAUUCCAGCUGGUAAACAAUGUGGGUUUGUGCAAUUCGUUCAGAGAACACAUGCUGAAGCAGCAUUACAAGGUUUGAAUGGAGCAGUAAUUGGGAAGCAGGCUGUUCGUCUUUCAUGGGGUCGCAACCCAGCAAAUAAACAGAUAAGGGCUGAUGUUGGUAAUCAGUGGAAUGGUAUGUAUUAUGGGCCGCAGUUCUACAAUGGAUACAGUUAUGCCUCACCUUUUCCGGAUCCGAGCAUGUAUGCUGCUGCAUAUGGGGCUUAUCCCUUCUACCGGAAUCAACAACAGGUGAGCUGAAGAGACUGCAAAUAAAGAGAGUAGGAGAGAGAAUGAGAACUCAUUUGAACCGGCAUAGUUGUGGCCUCCAAAGAUCAGUGGAUGGGCCUUAGCGUGAGUUAGAGGUAGUGACUGGUUGUGUACAGUACAUUUCCAUGGCUAGCACUUCUAAGGUUUCAUUUUACUCGGAAUUUUCCUGUCAACUUAAAAAUUUUGACUCGCUGGUGAAAUUAAUUAAACUUAGAGCUAUUUAAUCC